UCGACAAACGAUUUACUGGUUAUUCUAGACCCUCGCCUCGGGUUUGUAUUUUAAACAAUGGAAGCAUUUAGACUUCACCUCUUUUUCCUCAGUAUCCUAGGGGUCUGGAAACCGCAAGGGUGGCAUGGUAUCAAAGCCUUUUUCUACUCUAUUUACGGAUCCACUGUAGUAAUAUUCAACCAUAUUUUCAUAUUGUCCGGUAUUUUAAACCUCGUCAAGUUCAAACACGUCAGCCUCGACGCUUUCAUCGACAACUUUUCAACAAUGCUCGCUUUGAUUGUCGUCCGUCAGAGGAUUAUCUGCGUGAUCGAGAACCGCAACAGCAUCUCGCAAAUUAUCGAAUCAACCGACAAAAGUCCCUUCAAGCUUCGAGAUCGCCAAGAAAAACUCAUUUUUUCGAAAUUCAGCAAACUUGCCAAAAAUAUAUUAAUCUAUUACCCAAUAGUACAUAUGUGUAUAAUAUUGGUACAUACUUUGGGCCACAUUUCUGUCAUGGAUCCGCCUUAUGCGCUCCCAUUUCAGGGCUGGUUUCCCUACAAUUAUACCCGGAAAACUAAAAUAUACUGGGCUACGGCUAUCUACCAACUUUACGCGAUAUUCAGCGAGGGGUCUAUUGAUUUGAUACUAGACCUAUUGCUGCCUUGCAUAUUGUGUUACAUGUGCGGGCACAUUCACAUUCUGAGACACAGAUUUCGAGUUAUGACUGAAAAAUUACAAAUAAUGUCAGAAAAUAAUGAACCUCAAGUCAAAAUUGAUUCAGCGGAGCGGAAAUUGAUGGCCGAGUGGGUCAAAUAUCACAUUGAUAUUUUGAGAUUAGUUGGAUUAGUCAAAAAAAUAUUUGAGAGAAUGAUAUUUGUGCAAUACACUGUAAGUUCACUUCUUCUAUGUACGCUUGCGUACUUGCUGUCGCACACGAAAUGUACCACGAUGACUUUUGCUGCAAAUUUUUCAUUCUUCAUGGCAAUGUUUAUUCAGAUAUUGUUGCCGUGUUAUUGUGCUGAUAAAUUGACUUUCGAGUUUUUAGAUAUAUCUACAGGAAUAUAUAACACAAAUUGGUACCAGUUGAGCAACAAUAUCCGAAGAUCGGUAGUUGUUAUUAUACGAUAUACUUACCAACCUGUUACAAUAACAAGUGGAUUUUUUAUAAUUCUAUCCCUUGAAUCCUUCACCAAAAUCAUAAAACUUGCGUACACUAUUUACAAUUUGCUGGAGUGAAAUUACACAUAUAUAUGUUUAUGAGUAUAGACAGGACAUAAAUAAGUAAAUAUAUUUACUGCAAUUGUUGAACCAUUGGUG